GGUUCGAAUAAUGUUUACAUUUCUGAAGGCAGUGAGCUCAUGCUGAGUUCCUACAGAGCACAAAUGGUUCGUGGUUGUAGGUUUUGAUUGUAUCUCAACGCGUUUAUUUAGAAUGGCUUCUCAGAUCCCUAUAACGGUGAGGCCGCAGGCGGCGGCCGCCAGCGCAGCCGCCCUGCGGGGGAAGAAGCGUCCAGGCAGUCCGGCGGUGUCCGGCGCUCAGCAGGCCGCAGGGAACAGCAACCUUAGCGGCAGCAAAAAGAAGAAACUUCCGCUGACAGCCAGCCCAGCCACACAGACACAGAUAACUGCAGUUGAAAGUGUGGCUGAGAUGAAGAUGGUGGGAUCAGUGGACAGCACCCCAACCACCACGGAUUCUGCUGUAAAGCUCCCUCCUUUCAAAGAUAACACAUUUAUGCACUCAGGGAUAGGAGGAGCAGCAGCUGGUAAAAAGAAUAGGACCUGGAAGAAUCUGAAACAGAUUCUGGCUUUGGAGCGGACUUUACCCUGGAAGCUCAGUGAUCCCAACUACUACAACAUUGAUGUGCCUCCCUCUUUAAAACCAGCAAAGAAAUACUCUGAUAUUUCUGGUCUACCAGCAAACUACACAGAUCCACAGACGAAGCUGCGCUUCACAUCAUCUGAGGAGUUUUCCUACAUCCGUCUCCUCCCUACUGAUGUCGUCACAGGAUACCUUACCCUUCGAAAGGCAACAUGCAUCGUUCCAUGACAGCUGAACGAAGCUUGAGACCUAAAAACGUCUUUGGACCAGUAGUGGACUUGCAUCUGUAGUUGCAAAGGAACUAGGUGUGAACAUAGUACAGCAGGAGGGUGCUGCUGGAAUUUUGCCCUGCAGUUUUGAGAAGAUCAAUCCGAGUCAAAAUUAUUUCACAAAAUAGAUGUUUUAAAUGAAGACUGAACAAAUACUCUGUUUAAAUCGGUCUUUUAGGAGUAACGGGAUGGUGAGAGGUUAUUUCAGCAGAGAUUUUCUAUCAAACAUUUUGUAUUUAUUAGUGUGACUUUGAAAUUGAAUGAAAGAACUUUUACUCUUUCUUAAACUGGAGUAAAGGUUCUGUAAGCCAUCUUCUGUAAAACAGUGCAUGUAUUAAGACAGUGUAAACAGACCUGUUGGAACCACUGCUUUCCUUUGUUAUUGGUUAUGUUUUGUAACCAUUGUAUUUGUUUUAUUAAAAACAUUAAGUCC